GUCGCCAGAAAUCAUCAACAAUUUAACUGUCAACUAAUCAUUCUGUCCUGUUUUCACUCAAUUCCAUCAAGAUGGCAUCUAACUGUCUUUUCAUACUGCUCGCCAUCCUCUUCUCUGCGACGUCUGCCAUAAACAAUACCUCUGAACGCAGCUGGACGGUUCUCGAGUCUGACAACGUUCAGAGUGCCAGCCAGCAUGAUGGCCUCCCUCGAAAUAACUCUGUUGGAUAUAUCCCAUCUGCUACAGACCCAGCCAAUUUCAUCAACUACUGCAGCAAGAGAAACCUAACCAACGGCAAAUUAUUCAAUCAGGAAUCCUGUAAUGGAGUUGUGAUGGGUGACAUCCCCUCUGAGGAUAACAUGGUUUCAACUAUCAUCAGCUUCCCCCUGCCAGGCGAAAUAUUUCCCCCAAGGCGCCCCUUCACGGUCAAAUUCAAAGCCUCGAAUCUCGUCGCUGGCUCAGUCACAAACGCCAACGCUACCUUCCUAUCUGCCCCCCAAUCUCUCCGAGACGGAAAAGUCGUGGGCCAUUUCCACGUCGUUAUCCAAUCCCUAGCAGCUUACAUCAGGUCCGAGGGCCAAAAUUUUAUUCUGCCUCCUGAUCCCACUAAAUUCGUCUUCUUUCACACAUUUUUUGAUGCCGGGGAUGGGAAGAGUGGGUUUUCAGUCGAUGUUCCCGAUGGGUUGCCCAUUGGUUCUUAUCGUGUUUGUACAAUGGCUGCGGCGAGUAAUCAUCAGCCUGUACUUAUGCCAGUUGUCGAAAGAGGCCCUCAAGAUGAUUGCCAGAAGUUCUACGUAAGGAUUUAGGACUCGUCCAUCAGUUUACAAGCUUCAAUCGUUUGAUUAAUAAGACAUCAAUCACGAUGUCAUCAGUUGUUGUUAUUGUUGCCAUAUACUAGUAGCCAGAAUACUAGUAAACCUCUUCGCAAGUUACCUGAAAAGAAAAUACCAGCCCUGAACU